AUGGUUGCGGAGUCAUGGUUUCGUAAUCUGUGGAGAGCUCCUCGGAAGCAUGAUGCUAACUCCGAGGAGGUGAUUGGAGUAUUAGCAUUUGAAAUAGCGAGCUUGAUGUCCAAGCUUGUUAAUUUAUGGCAAUCACUGAGUGAUAAACAGGUUGCUAGGUUGAGAGAAGAGAUCACAAAUUCAAUCGGCAUAAGAAAGCUUGUUUCAGAUGAUGAUCAUUUUAUUGAACGAUUGAUCUGUAUGGAGAUAGUAGAAAAUAUGGCACAUGUGGCCGAGUCUGUGGCUAGGCUUUCAAAGAAAUGCAAAGAUCCAAUAUUGAAAGGUUUUGAAAGCACCUUUUAUGGGUUUAUCACUACGGGUAUGGAUCCAUAUGGGUGGGAAUUCACUAGCAAGAAGAUGGAAAGAAAGAUUAAAAAGAUGGAAAAAUUUAUAUCGACUAAUGCGAGUCUGUAUCAAGAGAUGGAGGUGCUUACCGAGCUGGAGCAAACUCUUACAAGAGUGAAGCCUAAUGGUGAGACGGAUGGUGUAAGUCUAAGCGAGUAUCAGAAGAAAGUUGCGUGGAAGAGGCAUGAGGUGAAAAGCUUGAGGGAUAUUUCUCUAUGGAACAGGACAUAUGAUUACACAAUACAUCUUUUGGCAAGAUCGCUAUUCACAAUAUUCUGUAAGAUUAACCAUGUAUUUGGUAUUCAAGACAUGGUAGAUGAUGGUGGAACCAAUAACUCGAGUGUCUUAGAUUCUGAGAGCAUUUACAGAAGUCAAUCAGUCUCUGUGUUAUUUCAAUCUUCAUUCGACCCAUCACAGAAUCAUAUUGCCAGAUUCUCUUCAGGACCUCUUAAUAAUAUUACAGCGAGAUCCGGUCCAAUUGUUAGAACAAAUAAAACCAGCAUCUCUCAUUCAGGUCCCCUUGGUGACUCGUCGACAAAGUCAGGCCCGAUUUUAGGAAAGCAUACAAAUGUCAAUUUUUACUCAGGUCCCCUUGGAAGGAGCGCGAAUCAAUCGGUCCCACUUAGUAGAACCAAAAAAUUGAGCAAGAUUUGGAACUUUUAUAAACACUCUACUGGCAUAGCUGGGAAGGAUACUCACACAAGACACAGUCGAAUGACUCAAGUAGGACCUUUCAAAGGAUGUAUGGCUUGGGACAGUUCCUCUGUCAUUGACUGUCAUUCAAGUGCAAGUGGUGUUCAAAACGGGAUUCAGAAUCCCAGAGACGCUAAUUCAAACCUUCUUGGUCUUGGCAAAGUAGUUCAUCAUACUCAAUCUGUCUUCAAAUCUAUGUGCAAGCUAUUAAAUCCUCCACCUGAAACCCUCGGCGCUGCUGCUUUAGCACUUCACUAUGCAAAUGUUAUCAUUGUGAUUGAGAAGCUAGCAGCUUCUCCACACUUGAUCGGUCUCGAUGCAAGAGAUGACAUGUACAACAUGCUACCAAGACGUGUGAGAAUCGCCCUCAAAGCCAAAUUAAAGCCAUAUAGCAAAACCACGGCGUCAUCAUCAGUCUACGACACGAGUCUCGCAGGAGAAUGGAACGAAGCAAUGUCAAGCAUAUUGGAAUGGUUGGCAUCGCUUGCUCAUAACAUGAUAAGAUGGCAAGCUGAGAGGAGUUUUGAGCAACAAAGCUUUGUUUCGCGAACGAACGUGCUGCUGGUUCAAACACUUUACUUUGCGAAUCAAGAAAAGACAGAAGAAAUAAUCACAGAGCUUCUUGUGGGUCUAAAUUAUGUCUGCAAAUACGGCAGGGAGCUCAACGCAAAAUCUCUGGCCGAGUGCGGCAGUUUUAGGGUUGGCAAUGAAUAUCUUAAUCUGAAUAUAUAA